AUGUCUUUGCCUGAAGCUAAAUCUUGGAAAAAAAUUCGUUUAAAUUCUGGAAAGGCUAUCAAUGCUGAACCAAAUGAUAUUGAUCAAAUAGAUAAAGUAACAAUUGAUAAAGAUGAACAAAUAAGUUCUAAUGAGAAUGUUGUAUUAGAUGACCAUGUUAUUUCGACCUGGAAAAUACGUGAGCAGGAUGUUGGCUUAACCGAAUAUGUCGAUGCUUCCAUUCCUGGAUUUUCAGCAACCAUUAAGCAGCG